AUGGAGAAGAGUUCACUCAAUGAUAAGUUUAAAUUGGUUCUACCUCCCGAUUUGUUAAAAUCAAGAGAUUUUAAUUUAAGUUUUGACAAAGGUGAAGCUUCAGGAUCAAGAUAUUUUGACAAAGAAGCUUCGAAAUCAAGAGAUUUUGACAAGGAAGGUAGAGAAGAUAGCGAUUUAAAUUUUUACGAAGGUAGAGAAGAUAGCAGUUUAAGUCUUGACAAAGAAAGUGAAGACUUUAUAAAUGAUAGCUACGAUGAUUAUGAUGAAUCUGACGCUAAUAAAAGGAGAAUUAACUAUAAUUAUGGUUCUUCGUCCAAAAGGCGUCGUUUACAAAUACCUUCACCAACAUCACCACUACCAAUAUCACCGCCAAAAUCUUAUUCUUCACUAUCUCCUUCGCCUAUAAGAAGAGUAUGUUUAGAAUGUUCACUCUAUUUCUCGACAAAAACUUUUGAUAUGAUGGCUUCCCAUUCAGGAUCAAAAAAUGGAAUCAACUCAAGGUUAUCAUCUGACGCCGAUGAAAUUUGUCCGAUAUGUAAGAAUAAUAGAUACCUUACACCUAAUAUGAAACUACUUGUUAGCGACUGUUAUCAUAAAAUGUGUGAAUCAUGUAUAGAUAGAUUAUUCGCCAACGGAGCGGGACCAUGUCCGAUUUGUCAAAGAAUUUUGAGAAAAGUUAGUUUUAUAGAACCCACCUUUGAAGAUUUACGUGUAGAAAAAGAAGUAAAGAUUAGAAGGAAUUUAUCAAAGCAGUAG